CAAGACUCCACAACUGUCACACGUGUCUUCUCGCCUAACUUAAAGCCGACUAUGCCGCUCCGACUUUGUGCUUUUCUUAUUCGUUUUGCACCCUGGUUCCUUCACGAUGGAAUGGAGGUGAUUCUCACCGCCGCCAUUUUUAGGGGAACUGCCUAUUGAAGACUUGCUGAUGAUGAUGGUGAUGAGAGGUGUGCAGCUGUUAUUGACUGUGAUACUCUAUUCAUGAGAAGCCGAUACAAAGUUGUGUUUUCUUCUGUCAGUGUUAUAUCGGGGGUGCUGAAUAUGGGCACACUGCAUAAUGGAUUUAAGUGUCUCCCAGGAAAUAUGGAUUAGACACUGGAGCAAAUCCUGCCCUGCUUGCUGAAGUCUAGAUCCAAGUCAGUCAGUGACAGUCAGCCACUGCAGAACAAGUGCUGUUUCCACAAUAUGAUUCACUGCAGUACUGCCACCAUAACCUCUUUUUUUGUGAUUGGAAAUAUGUGACUUCUGUAUAAAUCGCAUAGUAUGGACCUUAUUUAGCUAACUGAUUUUAAGGCUACGGGGCUUUUAUUGUAUUCAUGAAAAAAAAUGUCAUCUGGCAAAACUAAUGGUUAAUCCAAUGACGGUGAUCUUUCGGUCUUUGCUGUGUGCUGAAUAACCAAACUGACAGUUAAAAAGUGAGAUAAUAAAGUUAUGGUCCUCUUCCUUAAAAGGAGUUCCUAAGCAUCAGCCCAAGGUCUUUGAUUGAGGCUGGCUGCUGAGCAGAGGGAUACCAAUCACGUAUUUGAUGAGUCAGACUGAGAGGAAAAAAGACACGUGAGGAGGGGUUACACAAACAACACAAAAUAUCCACCAUAGUGAGGUUCUGCCAUCUUCUGAAAUUAUAGGAUGCGCAUUAAAGGUGCUACAUUGUAUAUUCAGAGCAUUAAUAUAGAAACAAACAACAUUUCGCUAUGUAAAGAUGUAUUGGAGUAAUAAUACAUUUUAUAUGUGAAGUAUUUCAUGUGGACCAGUUACACAGUGGCGCUUUAUGUGGUAAAGACAAACAAUAAAAACAACAGCAAAACAAGAAUGAUGACAAUGGUGAGAAACAAAAUAAAAACUAGUAUCACAGGUGUGACGGAGAAUGUCUGAGGUGAUGGGGAGAGAGUUCCUGAGGGAGGGGGCAGCAAUGGAGAAGGCCCCGUCCCGCCAGGUCCGAUGCUUGGAAAAGAGUAGGGGGGGGAGGGGGUUAAGGAGGUUGGCGUCUGCAGAUCUGAGGUUGCGGGUGACAGCGUGUCGGUGCAGGAGGUCAGAAAGGUAUGAGGGGGUGAGGUUGUGAAGGACUUUGUAUGUGAUAAGGAGAAUCUUGAACUGGAUUAUUUUCUCUAUGGGGAGCCAGUGGAGCUUUUGAAGGACUGGGGUGAUGUGGUCUCUGGUGCGGGAGUGGGAGAGGCGAUGAGCAGAAUGAAGUGGCUCUCCCUCUGUGUGUCUUGUUAUCCCUUCUUUGUUUACACAUGCUGAUUGUCCUUUUUUUUCUUCUUCAAAAUGUCUGUUAAGAAGAAACUUGGUAUGCUACUGAUGUUUGGGACAUGUACGACAACAGGAAGAGUGGAUGGGUAAACUCCUCUUGGUGUUUGGUCACUCCAUUCCGCUCCCCUGUCGCUAUCAUCUUUAUACUCCCAUGAAUCGGGAUGUGUUGUUGUUGACAUUAGGUAGCUCGAGAACUUUCACUUUCUCCGUUCAUUGAAAGCCACAAUCUGUAGUCAGUCUGGGGAACAGAAGCAUGGACACCCCACCCUCCAUCUUGGGGGAUAGAAAUGUAAUAUGUCAUGUAAAGCAAUUUGAACAACAGCGCACAUGUCGGUCAUGAAGUGUCGUCGUUGCAUCAAACUGCUCUGUUCUCCCUCAAUAUAGAAUUAAAUGCCUUAAUUCAACAUGUUUAAAAAAAUAAAUAAAAAAACAUUUUCAUGAUAUUGUUAAUACAAUGUUGCAUUGUUACAAUUUUACAACAAAAGACAAGAAGUAUUUCAUGUGGACCAGUUACAUCUGGAAGAUACAUGAUCGUUUAAUGAGAUGCAUCCGCUCUCUGCAUUCCUACUUUGAAUUAUUUAGCAUCUUGCUGAAAGACAUUUUGAAACUGUGUAUGACAAAAUAAAUUUUCUGAGUCUUCAGUUCUGUAAAAACGGUGUAAAUGCCCUAAACACCCACACAAGUGAUAUCGGUUAUUCUGGUUGAUGCGAUUUUCUUCUUGGGUCAACAUUUAAGGUUGAAGCUUUGCUGAAAUAAACCAAAAUGCACCUUUUUAAAGAAUAAUUACGGUACACAGUGUCCCACCUCAGCAGGUGCAGCAAAACCAGAGUUAGGGAGAUGUCAAUCAAGUACCGUAUGCACAGAGGCGGUGUAAUCAGCACAAAUAACUCAAACUAAAAACUAUAAUUGUAGUCAAAAUAAGAACUCGGACAGAGAAAACAUAUUGUAUUUGAGUCUUAUUAAUGAUUGUAACAUUAAUGGUUUUAACAAGCGAAAACAUACAGGAACUGGGAUGGAUGUCUUAGACCGUGCUUUAAUCAGCCUUUCCUUUGUAUAUCUAUCCGGUCUACAUUUCUUUCUCUGAAAUUUAAUAAUCAGCAGAAAGCAGGCUUUCUGCUCAGUAGCAGACUGUGUGCAGCUACAGAGAAUUUAACUAUGGGGAUCAAUAAAGUAUUUGAUUAUUUAGCAGGCCUCUCCAUUUCUUCCUCUGUGACAUGCCUUGCUACUCAGCUUGGUAUAUUGGCUGCCUCUUCGUUAGGCUCCUUGGUGAUUUUACAGUGCUGAGGAAAUCAAUUCACAUAAUACACAGAGAGAAUCAAUUUUCUCAAGCAUUAAAGCAAAGUGUGUGCGUGUGCUUUAUUUUAAUGUAUUUUCUGUUACUUUACAAUAUUAUCUUACUAUUACCACCCAAUCACACAUUUUGAACCACUCUUAUCAAGAAGAACUGCUGUUCUUUUGUAACUUGUUUUUUUUCAAUUUGUUAUGCUUUUGAAUUACCCCUCCCCAUGUUUGUCUUAUUGAAUUAUACAGUUUCAUCAUGAAAUCCAACUAAGUAACUAAGAUUCCCUUUUUCAUUAGUAAGCCAUCCAUCUCCUAGAUCUUGACUCUUUGUGACGCUACAAAGGUGCGUGGCUGUCCACUGAGUGACUGUGUGACUCAUUUAAACCUAUAAACUAAAUAUUCAUAGUUGAUAUCAUAAAAAAAUAGUGAAGCCAGGCCAUCAUUGUCUUAAUAGAAACAAGAAUGAUCAAAACAGUCAAAUAGUGAUCACAAUAUGGCUACAUAUUGAUGCUACUUUGUAGCAUUUAAUUAUUCCUGAUGAAGAUCUGAGGACCAAAUUGUCGUAAAUAAAGUUUAUAAUGCUUAGUCAUCUAUUCAUGGUAACAUUACUCGGGAGUCACAUUUCUUUCAUAUUUAAGGAUGAUUCUGUGUUUGAUUGUUUUUAUUAUUGCCCACAGUCAUGAGUGAAAUCAAUGUGUGCUGAUUUCAGGAAAGAUAUCCACAAAGGAGUUCAAUCACAUGUUGGAUGGGAAAAGUCUUUAAAGAAAGCUUUGACGGCAUCAUUCUUUGUUACCAUAUCAUCAGUAUUGUUAGCAUUUGUCUUAUUUGGGGGGUGCUAUUGAUUCAUUAAAAACGAUAUCCUGCUAGAACAUUAAGUCCGACGGAUGCCAUAUCUAAUAAGGCAGUGAUUACCAACCGCAUGGUUGCAUUAAGCUGUCCUGCUACCUAAAAAAAAAAAAAAGUAAGAUUUAAACUUUGCUCUUUUUUUUUUUUUCAACCUUUUAAAGUUAAGGUUUGGUAGUGUUGGUACACAUUUAGCAGCCAAACAUUAUAUAUUACUAAGCUUAUCUUAAGUUUUGUAACAGAAUUAGACACACUGUCUUUUCUGUUUUCAACUCAAAAAGAAUAUUUCUGCUCGUCUUACUAAAGUUUGCUCCCAGCAGCAGUUUUUAGCUUCUCUCUUCAAGGAUAUUUGCUGUCCUUGAGGGCUGAGUGUGUUGGUAUACAAGUUGUUUUUUUCAGUCAGCUGGAAGGCUUUUUCAGCAGGGCAAACCUUGUGACAUCAGCCAGCAGUGUGGUUUGGGACAGCAGGCUACAGGAUGUACUGAUAACUGUAGUAGGCUGCGUUAGCGGUGCUGCAGACCCAAAGAUGAACCGAAAGAGGCAACCAUUUUUCUCCCACUGGUUCUUUCUGUGAUGAUAUGCUGUUAAGGUGUGGAGAGGGCUGUUUUCUAAUUUCUGACCCUUGUUCAAGACAAGACAAAGAGGUGAGGUUGUAAAGAUGGAGUAAUGCUUUAAUGCUGUGUGUUAUCUUAUGAUAGGAAAAGUCAAAAGGAGGGGAGGGAGAGUGCUUGCACAUUUCCUUUCUCCUCUUUAGGUGUGUAUAUACACGCCAGGCAUGUUUAACAUCAAGCCAUAAUGUCACAUAUGAAAAGUUUUUUUACCUCAACCUGGCCAUGAUGUAUCUGCUCAAAAUGUAAAAGUGUAUCAGGUAACUAAAGCUGUGGCUCUGUUAAAUAAAUGUUAGUAAAUCAUAGAUUUACAGUAAAAGCUACAACCUCAAAAUGAUUUCAGUAAUUAUUGUAACUUAAUGAAGCCGAUGGGACAAAACAAGUACAAUCAAAAUGCACAAAACAUUUAAAACAAGCAGGACAUGUACAUCAGAGCAGCGUCACUUCUACAACACAAUGUAGGGUGCCGACAUGCUAAUUUGUAUGGAACCUAAUGUAACCCCCAUGUGUUUAACUCUGUGUGUCUACAUUUAUUCCAAGGAAAUAGCUUCAGUAGUUUGCGGUGUAAGGUUAGGUACACAAUAUACAACAUGCAUACACUCAGAGUUAUGAGUAUGUGGUGAAAAAUGUUGAAUGUAGGCACAUGAAAAAUAGCAUGACAUCGAUCCGUGAGCUGGGAUAUUUGCAUUGCCCAGUCAUUCCAGUAGUUUAUAGAUCUGCAAUGAUUGCCGAAGCAAUCAUAAUGUUUGUAUGUGGCCAAAUUGUGUGCACAAACAUGAAAUCACUGAAGUAAAAAAUGACAGGCUGGCAGCGGUCCACCCAAUGGAGAGUGUCGUUCUGGAGCCCUGCAGCCUCGGCCCAUUCCUGCAACGCCUUUCUCCAGACCACGCGUCACAGAAUUGUAUCUUUGCUUCAUUUUGUAGGAUGUCUUUGUGUGUUGUGGUUGGAAUGGAUGAAAAUCAGAUCAGGGCUGCAACUAACAAUUAUUUUCAACGUCUCAAACAUUCAGGAGAAAAGAAACCAGAAGAUAUUCACAUUUCAAAAGAAUUUAGCCUUUCUUUGAUGCUUCAAAUAUUAUUCAAAUCGAUUAAUCAAUGAAUAAAAAAUCAUUGGCGAUAGUCAAUAAUUGACAAAUAAAUCAAGCUUUGAUCAAAUGUGACUGAGUCCAUCAUGCUUUAGAUUUAGUUUUGUGUUUCAAGGUCAAAGUUGUCCUGAGAUUUGCUCCUUUCCUUUCAAAGUCUGGCCAUUGACUUUUCACCACAUCCACUGCACCAAUGGCCUCCUCAUGCUGUGUUGGAUCAGGGUGUUUGAUCUUGUCGUUGCUAACAGCUGUGUCUCUUUCUCCUGGUCUCUGCUUCCCCUUUCUGUCCAUCUAGGUGCCCAUGUGCUGGUUCCUUCGGCCCAUCAAUUACUGCAGAUGAAUCUUCAGCUGCUUUGGCGUAGCUCAGCACCCAGAUAGUCCCAUCCCCUUCGCGUGGGUGAUAAGGGACUACAUUAACCAGGAUGCCCUCCUCUGUAAGGGCAGGGAGCCUGAAGGAUCCGGAUGUGGCGGAGCUUUUCUUCAAAGAUGACCCAGAGAAGCUUUUCUCUGACCUCCGAGAGAUUGGCCAUGGCAGCUUUGGAGCCGUCUACUUUGCACGGGAUAUGCGCACAAAUGAAGUGGUGGCAAUUAAAAAGAUGUCCUACAAUGGCAAACAGUCGAUUGAGAAAUGGCAGGACAUUAUAAAAGAGGUGAAGUUUCUGCAGAGGAUCCGGCACCCCAACAGUAUAGAAUACAAAGGUUGUUACCUCCGUGAGCACACAGCAUGGCUGGUGAUGGAGUACUGUCUCGGCUCAGCCUCAGAUCUGCUAGAAGUUCAUAAAAAACCUUUACAAGAAGUAGAGAUUGCUGCCAUUACACAUGGCGCUCUGCAGGGACUGGCCUACCUUCAUUCCCACAAUAUGAUCCACAGGGAUGUGAAGGCAGGAAACAUUCUGCUCACUGAGCCUGGACUGGUCAAACUGGCAGACUUUGGCUCGGCUUCCAUUGCCUCACCAGCCAACUCCUUUGUGGGAACGCCAUAUUGGAUGGCCCCCGAGGUGAUUCUAGCCAUGGACGAGGGCCAGUAUGAUGGGAAGGUGGAUAUUUGGUCCUUAGGGAUCACCUGUAUAGAAUUAGCGGAGAGGAAACCUCCCUUGUUUAACAUGAAUGCAAUGAGUGCCUUAUAUCACAUAGCGCAGAAUGAGAGCCCCACACUGCUGUCCAGUGAAUGGACGGAUUACUUUAGAAACUUUAUUGAUUCUUGCCUUCAGAAGAUCCCCCAGGACAGACCACACUCUGACGACAUGCUGGGGCAUGCGUUUCUGCAGCGGGAACGUCCAGACUCCGUGCUGAUGGAUCUUAUUCAGAGGACCAAGGAUGCAGUGCGAGAGCUGGACAACCUGCAGUACCGCAAGAUGAAGAAGAUCCUCCUUCAGGAGGCCCACAACGGACCCACAGUAGAAGCCCCAGAUGGAGAUGAGGAGCUGGAGCCAGGCGGAGGUCGGACGGGAACGGUGAACAGUGUCGGCAGUAAUCAGUCCAUUCCCAGCAUGUCUAUCAGCGCCAGCUCCCAAAGCAGCUCUGUCAACAGUCUGAACGAAGCGGCCCAGGACAGCCGCAGCGAGCUGGACCUGAUGGAGGGAGACCACACAGUCAUGUCCAACAGCUCCGUCAUACACCUCAAACCGGAAGAAGAGGAGAGUUUCUCCGGGGAGCAGGCAGCCAGCAUUCAACCCUCUGAGCCCCAGCCAACACCAGCUCAGGCCCCGAGGAAGCACUACCGCAAUAGGGAGCACUUUGCCACCAUACGCACAGCGUCACUCGUGACUCGUGAGAUGCAGGAACACGAGCAGGACUCGGAGCUGCGGGAGCAGAUGUCAGGAUACAAACGCAUGAGACGGCAACAUCAGAAGCACUUGAUGGGCUUGGAGAACAAGCUGAAGGCGGAGAUGGAUGAGCACAGGCUGAGGCUGGACAAAGAGCUAGAGAGUCAGAGGAACAACUUCUCCCAGGAGAUGGAGAAGUUACUUAAAAAGCACCAGGCGGCCCUGGACAAAGACCUAAAGACGUUUGCCAACGAUGAGAAGAAGUUCCAGCAGCACAUCCAGGUGCAACAGAAGAAGGAGCUCAGCAGCUUCUUGGAGUCACAGAAGCGGGAGUAUAAACUACGAAAGGAGCAGCUCAAAGAGGAACUAAGCGAGAACCAGUCCACUCCCAAGAAAGAGAAGCAGGAGUGGUUGUCCAAACAGAAAGAGAACAUCCAGCACUUCCAGGCGGAGGAGGAGGCCAACCUGCUGAGGAGACAGAGGCAGUACCUGGAGCUGGAGUGUCGACGGUUCAAACGCAGGAUCCUCAUCGCCAGACACAAUGUGGAGCAGGAUCUGGCCAGAGAGGAGCUCAACAAACGGCAGACACAGAAGGACCUCGAGCACGCCAUGCUGCUCAGGCACCACGAGUCGAUGCAGGAGCUGGAGUUCAGGCACCUGGGGACGAUCCAGAGAGCGCGGGCAGACUUGAUUCGAACCCAGCACCAGACUGAGCUCACCAACCAGCUGGAAUACAAUAAGAGGAGGGAGAGGGAGCUGAGGCGCAAGCAUGUCAUGGAGGUCCGACAGCAGCCCAAGAGCCUCAAGUCUAAGGAACUUCAGAUUAAGAAGCAGUUCCAGGAUACUUGUAAAACCCAGACCAGGCAGUACAAGGCCCUCAGAAACCAUCUGCUGGAGACAACGCCCAAGUCUGAUCACAAGGCCGUGCUCAAGAGGCUGAAGGAGGAGCAGACCAGGAAGCUGGCCAUCCUGGCCGAGCAGUAUGACCACUCCAUCAACGAAAUGCUUUCUACACAGGCUCUGCGGUUAGAUGAGGCUCAAGAGGGGGAGUGUCAGGUUCUAAGGAUGCAGCUGCAGCAGGAGCUGGAGCUCCUCAACGCGUACCAGAGCAAGAUCAAGAUGCAAACAGACGCUCAGCACGACAAGGAGCGGCGGGAGCUGGAGCAGAGGGUCUCUCUGAGGAGGGCACUGCUUGAGCAGAAAAUUGAAGAGGAAAUGCUUGCGCUGCAGAACGAGCGCCUGGAGCGAAUCCGCUCACUGCUGGAGCGCCAGGCCCGAGAGAUCGAGGCUUUUGACUCAGAGUCCAUGCGGCUGGGCUUCAGCAACAUGGUGCUCACUAACCUUGCUCCCGAUUCCCAGGGAGGCUGGGGGGGAGGAGUUGGAGGUGGCCAGGGGGCCCAGGGGGCCCAGGGGGGAGGCCACUGGCCCGGAGGAGGUGGAGGAGGCGGCCACCAUAGUCAUCCCCACCAGGGGGGCUCCAGCUCACAGCAGCCCUGGGGUCACCCCAUGCUGGCUGGGGGCCCGCCACCUUGGAGCCUCCACCACCCCGGAGGAGGGAAUCAGAGGGGGAGCGCGGGAGGGGUGAGAAACAGCCCACAGGCUAUGAGGAGGACGUCAUCAGGGGGGAGAAGUGAACAGGGCAUGAGCAGGAGCGCCAGCAUCACCUCUCAGAUCUCCAACGGAUCCCAUCUGUCGUACACUUAGAACAAACACACAAGCAACACGAUAAUUGUCUUAAAGUCGAAUCCUUGUGCACUGAGGUGACACUACGCAGACGCACACUAUGCAUGCACCACACAUGCUUCACAGGCACUUAUUUCCCAGAGUACGUCUGACACAUACCUCACAGUACCAGUUGCUCUCCCAUCACAACUGCUCUCUUACAUCAGUGGACUGAUAGUCUGUGGAAACCCAAACGUCUUGAGACUAAUCCAAGAUGGCUGAGGGCCAGAGACAGGAUGCCACAGUGCAAUAGUGUCAUUUAUCUUACAGUGCUAUUUUAUGCGUUUUGCCAUGUUAGUCUCUGUUGUCAUAAUCUCAAAGUAGUAUAUUCAUAUUAUCUACCAUGGAGUUCAUUAUCAAGAGUUUGUUUGCAGUAUGCUGUUUUAUGUGUUUGUGGGGUAAGUUUGAGGCUUUCACUACAAUAAUGUGCAUCAUGGUAAAUAUUGCAUUCAGUUAUGCAAUUUUUAGAAUCGCAUUUGAAACGUGUUCCCUCAAAUAACUCACAGCUUGAGAUUUAAGCACCAAUAUGUUACCGUUUAGGAAGUUUAUUGAGAUUAUUAUCUGUGUGCAGUGACAGAGGAGGGAGAGACAGGAGGUGAUGUCGGGGUCUGAUUUAAGAUGGAAGAACAGAAUGUUUUGGAACAUGUUGGACAGGUCGAGAAGGAGCAUAGAAAAAUGACGAAUGUUGUGUUAAGUAUAAGUGUGUAUCUCUGACUUUUAAAGUAGUAGCACAAGGUGUCAUGAAUAGCUAAAAGUAUGUAAUCGUUCAUUCCAGCCUGAGGGACUUUACUGAAAUCCCAGUGCAGUGUUUUUACUGGAAUGAGUGAGUUGGGGCUGCAAAGAUGCCAAAGCUAGGUCAUUAGAAUGAGCCAUGCCAACAUACUGUUAUGUAUUUCAAUGAGAUGGUGCCAGAGAUUUAAUUGGAAGUUCAGUUAAUACUACGCGGCCAACUUGGAUGCAUGUGUUGCUGGAUUAGAGAGAAGGGAGUCCAUUCUGGGCUCGACUCUUGGGUUUCCACAGACCUCUGACCACUCUUUGCUCAUUCCGACCCAGUGAACGGCCAGUCUGAGGGAUACUGAGGUCCCUCGUGACAGAGAUGGGUUUUCAGCAGCACCUAACCUCUACCUGAAGUAUCAAAACUAGUGCUCACCUCUCACUUGUCGGCAGUCCUUUUCUGUGUUGGUCGACCUCAAGAACACUCAAGCAGAGCUUCGCCACAAGGUGUCGUGACUUGACAAUGACUGGCGCUUUGGCACAGGCUUUCAUGCACUCAAAAUGAUUGAUAAAUCUGAUUUACACACAUAUAAUCAGACAUAUAAUCGUUAUGGAUUUUUAUUCCCCGGUCAAACGGUAUGUCCCUUUGCACACUUGGUUGAUGAAUGCAUGUACAGGAGUAACAUUUGUAAACAUGGGAUUGGGACAUUAAAGUGUUUUUUUUUAAAAAAGAAGGAAAAAAAAUAGAUUUUUUUAAAUAUAGUGCUCUUAGCAGUUGUUAGCUGAGUUGGCUGUAAAUCGGCAACACAGCAGCAUUUCUGUCGGGGCAACAUUGUCCAUCUCAGUUGCCUAGCAAUGUCCAGUGUGUUUUUAAUGAAUCAAAUAACCAUUUGAAGGAGCGAGAGUUACACUGAAUGAACAGAGAGCAGGAAAGGGGAGCAUCACUAGCCCUCUGCUGGUUGGUGACUGCUGAAUGUCUCGUUGGGUUGAUGGGCGGUGAAGCUGGGAUCUCCGCUGCCAUGUCCCUGCAACCUUCUCUGGUCUGACAUCCCGCUCUCUCCCCCCCCCCCACUCCGUGACCCCCGAGUCAUGUUUCUGACCAAUAACCUCCCUGAUUCCCUCCACGUUUGCUUCCUCCCCUCUUGAGCCUGGCGUGGUCUUCACCCCCUACCUGAUCUAUUUAGGAAGAGCUCUUUGGAAAGUGAAGAAGAAGAAGAAAAAUUAAACAUGUUUUAUUAUAUUAAUCUAUUAGAAAAGGAUUAUAGAGAUGAAGGUGGAAGUCUGAUUGUGAAAUGCAGAGAUUAUGCAUUAUAGGAUUUUCAAAGGUGGAAUGUCCAGUAAACCUGUUAAUAUUGUAUAUUUUUUAUUUGAAAAUAUGGAAAUCUAAUUGAAAAAUCAAAGUUGUGAUGCUUACACAGUGAUAUGAACGAUUAACGGCCACUGGGUUUUCACGGUUUUACUUGCAAGUUCUGAAACCUCUUACAGAUAUGUUUUUGUGAAUGAUAACACAACUCUAGGUCAGAUUGCCUUUUAGUAAAAGGGCAACUUGUUGUUUAAUGCUGAAUUAGGAUAAUUUUGCACCUAAUUUGAAAUCUAGUUAGGUGUAGCCUUUGCCUUAGCAUUGGUUAUAUUUAAUUGACAUGAUACAAAUAUAGAAGACUCAAUCUGUCUAAUAAGGUUUUUCACGGUUUUUAAAAGACUCUGACCUAAAGUCAGUUAUAGCAUAGAAAAGGAAAGCAAUGUCUUCAUAGAUCUAUACAAUUUGGGAAACAGCAGACUUCUACAAUAUUUGGCUGCAUACACAAUAUUUAGUGCACUCCACAACAGAAAUUCUUGCACAAGAUGGUGAAAAUAUAUCUGUUGUUUGAUAUCUAAUCUGAGGUGUUGUGGGGUCCACGGAUAUAAUUUGGACUUCAUUUAUGAAACAUGCGCCCUCUUCUGUUGUGGUUAUAUACAAAGCAUUUUCACUCUACCCUCAAGUGUCUGCCUUUUUUAAAAUCUUACCACCCUGCACUCUGAAUCUAAGUUUAUCUUGGCUCAGUUCCAAAAACUGAACGAAACCUGAAUGUGGUGGCCCCAUUUUCUCCCCAGCCAGUAUGCCGUUAUAUCCAACAUCUUUUAUCAAACCCGUUUCCAGUUCUGCAGGGUUUGAUUUGGUUUUAUGCCACAAAGGGUCAUUUUAUUUCACAGAUGUCUGCAGAGGGCCAAACGAGUGGCAGACUUCUCCACCCGCUCUCGUGUUUACUAGAACUCCCAGUUGUUUGGCGACGGGGUCGGGGCAGAGUCUAGCUUUAGACCUUGGUCACUCUGAACUGGAUCAGUUGCACUGCUUGCACAAGUGAUUGACCAGAUUAAAGAGUCUACUGUGAUCCCCCUCGCUGUUGCUGAGGGAGGGCUGCCAUCGGUUGGAAGUAGGCGGGAGGCGGGGUUACGUCUCUGUACAGUCUGUUUAUCAGUAUUUCCCUUAUCUCCUGUCAUUUGAUGGAUCUUGCUGUUUUAUCUCCGUAGUCCAGAGACCUGUAUUAAACUGUAUUAAAUUGUAUAGAUUGUGCAAAAAGCUGAAUGUCGCAUAGCAGAAGAGAAAAGCUAUUCCUUACAGAUGACCAAGUGAUUUAAAAUGUAUAAAAGAAAUCGAGAAACAAUGUUUAGGGGAUAAAUGUAAUAUUUUGUUUGUAAUUACUAUUUUUUUGUUGGAAGAGGGCUACUGGAUAAAGAAUGAUCUGUAAUAAAGUAAUUUUAAUAUUUA